AUGGAAGCAGAAAAGCAAUACGAUAAAAUUCUUGUGAAGAACCUGGCUCUAAAAAAUGUGGCUGGUGUGGAAGCAUGGCAAAGACUCAAAUCACAACCUGUCGUUAUUUCUGUUGAGAUCUACACCGACAUUACUGCAGCUGGUAAUACUGAUCAUGUCACCAACACAAUUCACUAUGGCCAUGUUACCAAGGCUAUCACAAAACUGGGCGAAACUUGCACAUUCAGGUCUCUUGAAGGUUUAGCUCAUGCUGUUGUCAAACUCUGUUGCGUCCAAUUUGGUGCUGCCAAAACAAAGGUCACCGUGGAACAACCCAAAGCUCUAUUGCAUGCUGCUGCCUCUGGUGUAAGGUUGACUAGAGGGAUUGAAGACUACCAAAAUUGCGAGAAGGAUGUGGUAGAAACUACAGGUGAGGUGUCUGGAUUAGGCGUGGCUGAUGAGAUCUUUGUGAGAGAUUUACGUCUUCACACGAUUGUCGGUGUCAACCCUUGGGAGAGAGAGGAGAAGCAAGUUGUUGUAAUCAAUUUGGUUGUAUACCCAUCUUUUUUGCCUUAUGGAAAAUUCGCUGACUCAGAGCAAAACAAGUCUCACAAUUUGCGCACUAUCGUACGUACCUUGACUCGCCAUAUCGAAGCAUCCGGUUACAAGACCAUUGAAGCAUUUGGCGUCACUGUCGCUCGUCUAGCAUUGGAGAAAUGUCAUGUCAACAAAAUCUCUGUCCGUGUAGAAAAACCAAGCGCCAUCCUAUUUGCUGAUUGUUCUGGUAUCGAGGUUACCCGUGAUAGAGUGUGGUUGAAGCAGGUCAUUGAUGCCGAGGAAAAGGCAGGCGAGAAGUUUAUUCACUAUACCGGUAAGCUCAACUUCAGCAAGGAGGUCCCUGCAGACUAUACCCAGACAGCAUACAUUGCUUUCGGAUCCAAUAUUGGUGAUCGCGUGGAUAAUAUCAAUCAAGCACUUGCAUUGCUCGAAUCUGAAUGCUCCAGCGUUGUGCUCGACACUAGUUUCCUGUACGAAACCCCUCCCAUGUACUAUACAGAACAGCCUGCUUUUCUGAAUGGUGUCUGCAAGAUUACCACUUGCUUGGAGCCUCACGAACUCCUGGCCAAGCUGAAAGAGACCGAGAAUACAUUAGGACGCCUUCCUAGUUUCCGAAAUGGUCCUCGCCCAAUUGAUCUGGACAUUUUGUUUUACAACGAUCUCGUGCUCAACGAUGGCGAAACGUUGAUUAUCCCUCACAAAUUGAUUCAGGAACGCGAAUUUGUACUAUGGCCACUUUGUGAUAUCGCUAGAGACAUGGAGCAUCCGCGUUUGUUCAAAACCAAUGGCCAACUCUUGUCGCAAUUACUGAAGGUCACUGCUGAAAGUGAAGGUGGUCCUCUCAAGAUUGACAAGGUGGCUCCUAUUCAAAAGGGCAAGCUUUGGCGUUGGAACGAUAAAACUUACGUGAUGGGCAUCUUGAAUACAACACCUGAUAGCUUUUCAGAUGGCGGCAAGCACAACGAAGCCAAGGCCGCAGUUGCUGCUGCUUGGCGCAUGAAGGAGGAAGGAGCAGAUAUCAUUGAUAUUGGCGGUAUGUCUACUCGUCCAGGUGCUGACGAUAGCUUCCCUGAAGAAGAAGAGAUCCGUCGGGUGGUUCCUGUUAUUACUCAAUUGAGGCAAGAAGGGUUUGAUUUGCCUAUUUCUAUCGAUACAUUCCGAGCUUCUGUUGCCGAGGCUGCUAUCAAGGCUGGUGCUAACUUGAUCAAUGAUAUCAGCGGUGGUGCUCGAGAUCCCAAAAUGCUGAAAACUAUGGCAGAAUGCAACGUGCCUGUCUGUUUGAUGCAUAUGCGUGGUGAUGCUCAAACUAUGAUGUCUAAAGAAAACACCAAAUACGAGAACGACGAUGUUGUGGAUGAUGUUUCCCAUGUAUUGCACUUGCUGGUUCAGAGAGCUAUUGCUGCUGGUGUUCAUCGUUGGAAUAUCAUUGUUGAUCCUGGUGUGGGAUUUGCCAAGACUGCAGACCAAGACUUUGAGCUUUUGCGCCAUUUGAAAGACAUGUCUCAGGGCCAAGAUUCUUUGUUACGAGGACUUCCUUCUUUGGUGGGCAUUAGUCGCAAAAAGUUCAUAGGUAGCAUAACGGGCGUAGAUGAGGCUGAGAAGCGAACAUUUGGCACGGCUGGAGCGGUUGCUGCCUGCGUUGCUGGCGGGGCCAACAUCAUGAGAGUGCAUGAUGUCCGACCAAUGUGGGAAGUAAUCCAAGUAUGCGACACUGUUUGGAGAAAAUCAAAGUAA